GCAGAGCAAACGAGAAUCUGGAAGCCGCGCGAGGAAGAGAGGGGUCGUAUAAUCAAGGCAUUCGAUGAUGAUAUUGAAGUCGAUAGUGAGGCCUGGGGACUCAUACGAUGAAAGCAUAGUUUUGUUAAAGUGCACGAGGUGUUUGAAGAAUCGAAGUAGAGUAGCUUCACAUCUUCGGACUAUAUAGAAGGAAGGAGAAGUACCUGAAGGAGGAGACAGCAUUUGGGAGGAUUGGAGGGAAAGAAAACUGGAAGCAGUGAAGAGAAAUCCAGAGAAGAUUGGGAGGAAAGAAACAAGAGAAGCCGGGUUCAGUUUCGGGCCUGCAUCAUCUGUGGAAUCGACGUUGCAGGAAAACUAUAAUCACUUGCAAUCCUAACAGUCCGCAUUUGAUGAACUGAUUAUGGCUUCAAAGCUGAUUCGGACAGAAUUCCAUGAAGCUGAGAACCAAUUAGAGCUCUCUCUAAGGCAUGCUUUUGAGGUUCUUGAGCCAAAACUACGACCUCCAUUUCCCUUAAGUGUCCCCACCACAGAAGAGUAUUUGCAACUUAAUAGAGCCAUUCUUUAUGGGGUUUUAUGUGAGCCCCAUUUUGCCACAACUCAUAUUAAGCAUUUACAUGCAAUUGUUUCUGAUGGGUACGACUCAUUUCUGAGUUUGCUCAUCAAUGUUGUUACUGGAGUAUAUGCCAAACUUUUGGAUUCAGCAAAGAAUCAGUUGCUUUGGGUUACAAGGGAGAUGAUUUAUGUUUCAGCUAUGAAGUUUGAUGGUUUGUUGGUCAGUUUAUUGAGGCAAAUUGUUGGUGGGGAUUUUAGUGAUGAGAAUUUGUUGUUGUGCUUUGAGUUGGUGAACCUCUUGCUUGCCAAGUGGGAUACUUUGUUAGAAGAAGAGCCUUUUGUUUUAACAAGUGCAUUGUAUACUUUUCUUCGUUUAUUAGCUGAUCAUUGUAGGUUAAUGAAUAAUGCAAAAUUGGAGGCUUUAAGGCAAUUAGAGAUAGAAUUCUGUGUUAAAAUGUUGAGGGAGCAGUUUCAUUUGUGUUUGAAGAUAGGCAGGGAUCUUAUUCGGCUAUUACAAGACUUAGUUCAUGUCCCUGAGUUCAAAGCUAUUUGGAAAGACCUGGCAUUGAACCCAGGUGAGUUUACAACUCUAGGAUUUUCAGAUAUUUCACAAGUUUAUGGGUCAAGAACUUCAAGCCGGUACUUCUUGCUCCGAAUCACUCCAGAAAUGGAAACCCAAUUAAGAUUUUUACUUAGACAUGUGAAGUUUGGGAGCCAGAAGCGGUAUCAAGAAUGGUUUUUUAGGAAGUUCCUUGUAGGGUCUGAGAGAGAAACUCUUUUAAUUGACAUUGUUCGGUUUAUAUGUUGUGCGCACCACCCAUCUAAUGAAAUUCUUCAGUCUGAUAUUAUUCCAAGAUGGGCUGUUAUAGGUUGGCUCUUGAAAUUGUGUAGCAAGAAUUACAUUGAAGCUAAUGUUAAACUGGCUCUUUUUUAUGAUUGGUUGUUCUUUGAUGAAAGAGUAGAUAAUAUCAUGAACAUAGAACCUGCUUUGUUAUUGAUGGUUUGCUCAAUACCCAAUUACAUUGACAUGACUCACAGUCUACUUGAAUUUCUGUUACUUCUUGUGGACAAUUAUGACGUUGAUCAUAACGAAAUCAUAGUUAAGGGUGUAUCAUCAGCAUUCAGUAUUCUGGUUCGUAAAGGAGUUGUUCCUUCGCUGGAGAUUCUAACCUCAUGUAAUGCACUUUCUCCUUUUCUAAGAGAAAGACUAGAGAAGUUUUUGUCAUACUCUAAAAUGAGAAUUCUUAAGGAUUCACAGCCAAUCCAUUGUCCUAAACUUCCUAGUCACUCUGUGCCACCUUUAAGUUUGCAGGACGGAUCUUGCCAGGGAACCUCAAUCCCAUCACUAGCAAGGCAUAAUUCUAAACAUAGUAUGGAAACUGCAAACGUUCUUGCUUCAGAUUUCUCACUUGCCUCUUGUAGUUCUGCUGUCACUGGUGAAAAUCAUGUUGAUGCUAUUGAGAAAUUUGUUCAAUCUCUUGGGGAAACUAUCAAACAGUCAAAAAAAUUGGGUUUUCAGACUCUAGAAGCAAUAAUGUUGGCAUUUGCAGAUGUUGAUAAAGUAAGGCCAGGAACUGGUUUAAUUUGUCCUAAAGUAUUAUCUUCUAAGAUAAAAGAGGACUAUGAAAUGACUGGCUACAAACUUUUUGCUCCUCUUGCAAUUUGUACAGAUUGUCCGGAAAGUGAUGAUGAAGUUGAUUCUCCCACAGCCUUACUUAUUCGUACCUUUAUUUUUAAUCCACAAGAGAGGAUGCAAGAGAUGCUUUUAUUCUGGGCUCGUGAUGGAUUUCCUGUAGGGGCCAGACUGUUGUCUUAUGUGGCAAGGCUAGCUUAUGAGGCAAAGAGAGCAGGUUAUAUUGAAAAUGAGAUGGUCGACUGUAAUUUUGCUAAAGCCAGUAAUUUUUGCAUGCCAUUGUUGAUCUUUCAUGUUGAUGGAUAUUUCUCCUUUCAAAGUGCAAGAAAAGAGGGUUUAGCUGGAGCCAUUACUUCAACUUCUGAUUUCGAUAAAAUAUCUGUUGAUAAGUUGGUAGAAUGUGCUUUCUUGGCAUACAAACAUUUCCUCACAAAUUCAGCAACUCUAUUACAUAGAGAAUCUAGUUAUUCUCUUUCAAAGCUCCUGUUUGCUGACAUAAUGCUUUGCUGUGAAUGGGUAAAGAAAAGAAUCAAAUUUUUAUUUUUUAGCAUCUUCUCCUAUCUUCCUGAUUUAUCCAUUGGUGAGGAAGGGAUCAUCAAAUUACUUGUGCAUCAAUUGGGUCAUGCUGAUCUUCUUGAAAUACAAUUUGAUAUUUGCUCAAAGAAAUUGUCUGUCUUUGGGGAGAAUACUGAUGUCUUUCUGAACCUAAUUAAACGGUCUCUAAACUGGGAUUGUCUUCAACAGCAUAAAUUAUGGAUGAUAAUUAGGUCAGAGGUUGCAAUUUCUGAUGUUGAGGUGGAGAAAAUUAUCUUGGAAUUUUUCUACUGUGGUGAAGUAGAUGAAAAUCUUACUGCCAUAGCAGUUGGAGGCCUUCUAAUGCUCUGCAAUUGUCGUGCACCCACACCUGAACUUGUUGGGGCAAUUAUUUUGUUACCUAAUAAUAAUAUAUCCCAAGACUUUGCUCUUGCAGCUCUCAGCUUGUGGGUUGUGUCUGGUGCCUCAAUGCUAUUUGACAGCUUUGAAAAAUUCUUGGAGAAACUUGAAAAUGAUAAUCAGGAUCUUAUUUUUUCCGGCUCAUCUGGAAUUAUGAUAAACCACUCUGCCAUGUUGUGGUUGUUGAUUAUUUUAAUUCGAAGGGCAUGGAUGUCUCUGAUGCGCUGAGUAGGUUUUCUGUAAAUAUUCCUGGAAAAAAAUCAUCGCAGCCAUCUUGAUGAAAAUAGAAUAUAUUCAUUCUGAAGCCUCCAUUGUCAUGUGUUGAAAGGCUGAAAGGUUGCUUAUAGGAACAGCUUGGAAUAUCAUGUCUCCAUCUCAUUUUGCUCUGGUUCUGGUUCAUAGCAAAACAACGUGCCAAGAACCAGAGUCAAAUGAUCAAACCACCAUUUACUCUCUAAUGGGACUAUCACUGCCAGAACAUUGUUCAGGCCAAAGAGGUCAGAGACUCAGAGAAAACAAGGACAUAUUGAAACAACAACUAGAAAUUGGAUUAAAGAAGAAGGUGAAUCUUGUAAUUGUAAUGAGUGGGUAGAGGAAGAUGUCCCUGGUGUAUAUAUGAUGCUUAUUUGCGUGCUUGGAGGUGCUAAGGAUCCUGAGCAAGUCCACUUCAAGUUUGUUGUCUUCAACCUGAUAAGUUCGUUUGCUGUUCCACUUAUGAGACUCUCCUGUCAAAAUCACUAUAUCUUUUGGUGAUAUGUUUACAUGGCUUUUCAUGAGUUAGUCCUGGCGAAAGCAGGGAAUGCUUAAUGGAAAGAGUUUGGGGUCUUUAGAAGACUCAGGUUGAAGAUUACUGGUGCUUUUGCCAAAAGAAAAAGGCUGGAUUACAGAAGACAGCUGGCUGCAUUUGUCAAGAAACAAAGAGAUCAUUUAUUGGUUGGUUAAUCAGUGUGGAAUCUAGGAACAUAUGUAGGUAUAGUAUAUGAUGGUAUAAAAUAGAGAAUAGUUGGAGACUUAUUGUAGGUUAAAAAAGAGAAGCAUAGAGGCUAUCUUUAUUGCUUAAGGAAUACUUUGACUAUAGUGCUCACUUUGAAGAGCAAGAAAGUGAAGAAGAAUAGAGAUAAACUGUAUUCAAGUUGUUAGCACUUCAAGAGCGUUUGUAGCUACCAGGAACCCUUUCUACUUUAUUGAAAAUACUGUGUCGUUCUGAAGAUCAUAGUUGUCACUUCCUCAUGGUAUUUGAAUACCAUUUUUUCCUUGAUGAGUAAAGUAUGUUGGAUACCC